UUUAUUUUAGGUUAUGAAAGAUGGUUUGAAUUUUAAUUGUAGCCGCAAAUUUUUUUAAUUAUAAACAAAACUUCCAGUUUGAUAAAAACUAAAAUAUAAAAUAACAUGGAUAAUGAUCUUGACAGGUCCAUUCGCUUAUUGGAAAAUGCUUUAUCUACCUCUAACAGAGGUCUUUUCAAGAAGUCAUUUGGAAAAUCAAAGUUAGCUACUGACAAUAUUUCUAAUGUGUCCAUAGCUUCUGCAGAUGAUGAUUUAAGGAAUAUCAUCAGUAAAAGCUUCCUUACCAGCGAUAAUGCAGUGUCUAGGAUACUGCAGUCUGAUCAAACUGUAACUGGAAAUGUUCUUCAAGCCAGUACAGCACCUUGGAAAACGGCUCUGGAUAGUCUUUAUACCGAAUUUUUUGAAAUACUUACUUCACACUCAGGUGGCUUUGAUAUACUGGAAGUAGUUACCGACUUAGCUAGGUGUUGCUCUGAUGCCCUUAAAGUAAUUCAGAGUUUGAAGUCGAAGGUAGCAGUUUCGCAGUUAGAAGAAGAAAUAAGUUUAGAGAAGGAAAGGAAUACAUGGAGAUUGCUUUUUAUCCUUUACCAAGAUAGAUUACUGACCCAAAACUUGAUGAAAGAUGAUAAUGAUGAAGUAAUACAAUAUUUUGGCCAAUCAGAGAAGCUUUGUGUCUUAAAUUUAUUCAAAAGAGACAGUCUGAUCAGGGAAAACCAACUAAUAAUCGAUUGGUUGGAAAGUAAUGCUGCCGAUCGAGAUGAUGAAGCAUUGCUCUUUUCUGAUAGCACGGUUGGAUGGGAGAACACUCUACAUCAGCUUCAAAGUGCUGAUACCAUCGCGUUUAGUAGUUCACGACAAAUAGUAACACAGAUGGAUCCAGAUGCCCCUAAUCAUCAGAAGAGACCAUUACAUGACUUAGAUGCUGAAGAUGAGAAAAGGUUGACAGAAAGGAUUUUUAUGGAAAUUAGAUGUGGUAAAUUGGAAGAAGCCCAAAAGCUCUGCAGACAUUGUGGUCAUGCAUGGAAAGCAGCACUUUACGAAGGUUGGAGGCUGUUCCAUGAUCCUAACACCAAAGAUGAAUAUGAAAGCGAGAAUACUUCAGACAACAACACAGAUGAGGAGAUGGACUCUGAUGAAAUGAAGGAUAUAGAGGGAAACAUUAACAGAGACAUAUGGAAAAAUAUGGCCAUUAAAUUUUGCAAACAGGAGUACUUAAGUUUGUAUGAAAGAGCAGCAAUAGCUACAUUUUGCGGUUAUUUAAGCUCCAUUUUGACUGUUUGCAACUCCUGGGAAGAUUCUUUGUGGGCAUACAUGAAAACGAUGGUUGAUAUACGAGUUGAAUCAGAAAUUCGAGACUGUGUUCAAAGAAAUAAUGAUUACCUUCCAUUACCAGAGGAAUAUUGGAAUCAAAAGUUGUCACUCAAUGAAAUCUUCUCCAACUUGGAAUCGUCGAAAAACGUUAGGGUUCGAGAAGAGGCUAGAAAGCCUGAGCACAUAAUUCAGAAGUAUAUCAUUCUAGAUGAAAUCCAAACACUUUUGUUGAAAUUCGAAGAGUGGAUAGAAGAAGAUAAUGUUCCGACCAACUUUCUAAGAUUUUUAGCUCAUUUGGUGUUAUUCUUUGAACAGAUUGGACAAGGUCAUCAUAGAGGAAUUAUAGAGAAGGUUCUGGAAGCGUACAUAAGAAGAAUAAUGCUUGCAAAUGAAACCCAACUAGUAGCUUUUUACGUCAGUAAACUGAAUCCCUCAAAUCAGGUACAUUUGUAUGCUAAGUACCUUGAAAAAAUUAUAGACCAACAAGAAAGAAAAUCUGCGCUAAUCUUCGCCGAGGAUAGUGGAUUGGAAGUGCAUGCAAUUACAAAACAAGUAUUAGAAAACAUUAGGAAUCUUCCACAUGAAACCGAAGAAAACGGAAGUCUACAGCACAAGAUCACCGAAGUUGACAAGUACAAAAUUUCGUGUAUUGAUUGGAUACUUUACUACGAAGAACAACGAGCAGAAGCUCUCUUCCAGAUAAACGCAUUGAUAUUCGCAUUCCUAACAUUAGGAAAGUUAGAUGCUGCGCAACUAGCUUUCAAUAAAGUGCCUCCAAACAGUGUUGAGAAAAUACUUAAUGAAGGUAAAGUGAAUGAUAAAAUAAACCAGACAAUCAAGGAAUUCCUAUGUUAUAAAGCUUAUCUUGACGCCCAGGAAGCUUUUAGCGAAUGGUUUAAGCAUCGCAAAAGUCAGCCCACUCCACCAGACAGUCUACCAGAGAAUGCUCUAUUUCCAGAAAAAGUGGCCCAUCAACAUAGGGAGUCGCAGUAUAAAGCAGAGUUGGGAAGGUGGAAACUUUCGGCCGAUCAUAUGGCGAAAAAUGCGAAGGCCAAAUUAUACAACGUCCUUCUUUUCCCCGACGGUUGGAUAGUAGGUGCAGCUGAAGAAUAUUAUCUAAGGUCGACGUGCAUUCCGGAAGUAGUUCUUUUAUUGUAUGCUGUGUUGUACGAAUCUGGUCAGCACGAAGAAUGUGUUCAACUAGCAGAUAUUCUAGCUUCGGAAAAAUAUGGAAUAUAUAAGGUGUACUCUAAGGAGAAGCUCGGCGAGAUCUUAGUCAAACUUUGCGAAAGUUCCGUCGCUUUAUUAAAUGCAAAGAAGGAUCCUUGGGGCAACGAGACCAGCGCUUGAGCAAUUUUUUAACGUCUAUGAGGUUUGAUUUCUUUUUGGCCCACUGGGAGUUUCUACUUAUUGUUAAUUAACUACUUUAGAAUUAAAUUUUUUUAUAACGAA